AUGGCCGGCCUCAUCGCAAAAGUCGUCUUCAACAAGAUCCUGCACGAGAACGCCUCAAACAACCAGGGCCGCACCGACCCAUACUUCGAGACGGUGCCCGCCGCGCGCCUCUCCACCUCCCGCACCAAGAAGGUCCGCCGCGCCCUCCCGCCGGGCCUCUCCCCCGAAGAUGAGCGCACCCUCGUCAAGGUCAAGCGCCGCGCCUACCGCCUCGACAUGGCGUUCGGGGAGUUCUGCGGGAUGAAGAUGGGAUGGAGCUCUCUCAUUGCUAUCGUCCCGGGCAUUGGUGAUGUUGCAGAUCUGCUCCUAGCAAUGAUGGUGAUCCGCACCGCCUCCGAGGCCAACCUCCCCACCUCCGUCACGCUGCAGAUGGUCUUCAACGUCAUCAUCGACUUCGUCAUCGGGCUGAUCCCCUUCCUGGGCGACCUGAUGGACAUCGCCUUCAAGGCCAACACCCGCAAUGCCAUCGUCCUCGAAGACUACCUGCGCCAGCGCGGCGCUGCGAAUAUCGCCGCACAAGGACUCCCGCCGCAGCAGGAUCCGAGCCUGGGCGCCAAUUACGACCGGCUGGAGGAUCAGCAGCCGCUGGCGCAGCCGCCGCCGGUGUACCAGAGUUCCGGGUUGCGGGGCGGGUGGUUUGGUGGGGCGGCGAGGAGGGAGGAUGAUUUGGAGGCGGCGAGAGGGGAGAGGAGGGAGGGCGGUGGUGAGAGGCAUAAGAGCUCUAGACAUGGGGGGGAGAGGCAUGGCGGCGAGAGGCAUAAGAGCUCGAAGAGUAAGUCUUCGAGAGAUAGAAGUGUGAGGAUGGGGCCGCAGGAGAAUGGUACUACUGUGCGAUAG